UUGAACGAAAAUGCCUACUUGGUCGCUUUCUACGGUAUCUGCUUAGGACUAGGAGAAUUCAUUGGAGGACUAUUUGUGUAUUUCCUAUCGAGGCGAAUAAACAACUUUAGUCUUACGCCAACGAUGCUUUGUCACGCAUUGUUUAGCAUGUGCUUCCAAGCACUGGUCUUCAUAUCGUUUCCCACGUGGUCGACGGCACGACCAUCUGGUGGUGAAGGCCUUCUGUUGUCACCCACAGUUACUACUUGCGUCCUCUGUGGGCUGUUUGCAGGUUUGGCUGACUCGACCAUAACUACCGCUCGAACAGUUGUAUGCCAAAUUGCAGUUCCACAGCGACGACCCCAAGCCUUUUCGUUAAGCAGAUUGAUACAGUCUGUUUCUUCUUCUGUCGUGCUCGCCUUGUCACCGCAAAUGUCAGUGACGACGUGGACCGUGACAAUGUUGAUUGCGCUGACUAUUGGCACUGCUUCUUUUACGUUUGUGACCAUGCGAGCCACGAAAGUCUCACCUGAAAUGAGUAACGACACUGUCUGA